AUGGCUAAAUAUGAAGCUUGCAUCGGCAGAAUGGAAGCCCUUCAAGAAUUGAGGGUAAAAGAAGCCAAAGUCUUUAGGGAUUCAACUUUGGUUAUAGCUCAAGCACAAAAGUUGUGGAAAGUGAAGGAAGAACAUUUGAAACCUUAUCAACAAUACUUGGAAGACUUAACCAAGACCUUUAACAAGAUCAAGUACACAAUCAUCCCUGGAGCUCAUAAUCAAUUUGUGGAUGCCCUAGCUACUUUAGCCUCCACGAUUGAAAUACCCAAAGGAGUAUGGACACGACCAUUGGAAAUUAAACAAAGUGGUGAGGAAGUGCAUAGAAAGAAGACCGAAGCUUCAGUAAUCGCAGUAGAGGAAGAGGAAGCUCCUGGUACUACGACAUCAUGA